CAAAUAUUAGAUCAAUUAUAAUGUUAGAUAAUUUGUCUCUAGUAUUGCAUAAAAAGGAUGACUUAAGAUUAGAAGUAACUGAACUUCCCGGGGACCCGGCACCUAAUGAAGUGCAAUUGGCUUCACACACGGUGGGAAUCUGUGGGUCAGACAUCCACUUCUGGAAGGACGGGGGUAUUGACAAAUGGGUCGUCAAAAAUCCGAUAGUUUUGGGACACGAGGGCAGCGCUACUGUCAUUAAAGUUGGCGCUAAAGUCAAGAAUUUAAAAGUCGGGGAUCGGGUGGCCGUAGAGCCGGGCAUCGCGUGUCUCAACUGUCAG